AUGGCACCAUCCAACCUCCAAGGCCUCAACAUCGUCCACCCCGUUCAGCCGCCGAAUCCAUACCUCUCAGACGCCGACCUCCUCUCCGUCGCACCCUUCCCCGACUUGAACGCCCAACUCGACCUAUGGACAAACCUUAACUUCCAAUCGGACGAACCUCUCGUCUCACACCGCGCUAGCGAGAGCGUGCACAAGAACAGCCUUGAUGGCAAGCGUGGCCUUCUGGACGAGAGCACCGAGGAGGACUCCGAACGCUACCAUGAGCACGACGAAGAGCUGCAGCGCAGUGGCAUUGCCGAGACGCAGGCGCACGAGAAUGUGGUGAUGGGAACCGUCCUCCCCCCGACCGGCUCUAUCCACUCUGGUCAGCCCUCUGUGGGCGAUUCGUCCGCGGGCCAGCUCCCGCCGUUCGACCUGAACAGCAUCCUUGCGGGCUUCGGAAUCGACCCGUUCAUGAUCCCCCCCGCGCCCGCGCCCCAGGCCGCGCUGCCCUCUCACCCCGCGAACACGAUCGCCCAGCUGCUCUCCAUGCACGCCACGUUCCGCCCGGGCACCCAACCCCUGUCCCCUCCCGCGUCUGUCCAGUCUUCGCAGUCGCAGGCGCCUAGCCCCGCCGCCGCCACUACGAAGCGGGCACGCACCGCACGCAACUCUAUCUCCUCGCCGUCCGACGCCUCCCAGGCUGGCAGCCCUGUGGACGGCAGCGAGGACAAGCCCGGUGUCCCGGCCACGGAGGACAAGCGUCGCAGAAACACCGCCGCGUCCGCGCGGUUCCGGCUCAAGAAGAAGGAGCGCGAGGCCGCGCUCGAGCGCAAGGCGAAGGAGCUCGAGGUCCGCGUCGGCGAGCUCGAGAAGGAGUGCGAGGCGCUCCGGCGGGAGAACGGUUGGCUGAAGGGCCUCGUCGUCGGC